AUGGCUCUUUGGGGGUAUAAUUUUAAUAAAGAAGCCAGGUGGCAGAGGAACAGAAAAGGCUUCGCUCUGUUUUACAUUUCAGCAAUGUUUAUUCUCCCUUCCUUCAUUUAUUACGUUUUAGGCAAUCCAGCAGUUUCUAAUUAUUACUUGAAGAACGUAAUGCCCGUCGAGUACCCUCCCGAAAGCGACCCUAGAAUCAUCUCAAAGAUAUAUCAUGGAAAGGGGAACGACCUGGAGAAAAAAACGGAAUGA